CAACUUAUCUCCUUAGUGCCUCUUGGCGACUCUAUCACCGAGAUCACAUGCUGGCGAGCAUUGGUUUGGGACAUGUUAGUCAAGGAGAACCUUGCUAGCCAGGUAGAUUUCGUUGGCACCAUGAGUAAUAACCCAGCCAAUUGUCGGGCUCAGUCAGGGUCAUUCGAUCUCAACCACGAAGGCCACUCAGGAUGGUUGUCUAUCAAUAUUGCCAAUCAGUAUAUCCAAGGAUGGCUCAACACAUUUAAACCGGACAUCGUUCAGUUCAUGCUUGGCACAAAUGACGUUUCCAAUGGUCGGGCAACGGGCGACAUUAUCGCAUCUUACACAAAGAUCGUCGGACUGAUGAGACAGUCUAACCCCCGGAUGAAAAUUGUGGUCGAUCAACUGAUACCGCUGUCUUACAACAUGAACGGAGUCAAUGCUGUGAACGCGCAAAUCCCUAAUUGGGCCCGAUCUCAAAACUCCACCAGCUCGCCCAUUCUGCUCGCCGACUGCUCCACGGCUGCUGGCUAUACACUUGCAAUGAACAAACAGGAUGGCGUGCACCCCAACCAGCAAGGGGAUCAAUUCAUUGCGAAUAAGGUUGGACCAUUGCUGAUCAAACACAUCAAGGAUCUCAUUAAAGAACGAGGACUUUAG